UCAGACGCCGGCCCGUCCGGAAUAUAUAUUCUCUAUUUUUGGGCAGUACGUCUGCGUGCUCGUCUCCGUCCGGUUCUUCUUCUUUGCCAGUUAUACGAGUGCAAGAGUAACUGUUGUUUGCGUGUUGCGUGCAAGAGAGCGGACAAAGCGAUUAUUUAAUUUACCCGCAUUCCGCCUUUUAGCGGGGGCCAUCGUGUGAACGAAUCCGAAAAUCGCAUAUCUGUGUAGAUCCGCAGAUGUUAUACAAUAUGCCGGAGUAAACCAUCUGACCCAUACAAAGGUCAAGCCGAUACGCGCUAAUCUGACUUCCGAUCCAAGUGCAAACUCCCCCCGUCUCCCUCGUGCCGCCUCUUUCCCUGUUAUCAUCUUUCACUAACUAGUGGAACAGCAAAAACAUAUUAGAAAAGUACAAAAUACAAUUUACAAAAUGGGUUGCAUGCGCUAUUUGUCGGAGGCUCAUUUGAGGGGCUUCGAGCGCUACAAGUACAGCAGUAUAGACACGAGUUUCCUCAGUGUCUAUGUGAUGCACCCAUUGUGGAACUACUUGGUGAAGUUUGUUCCCAAAUGGCUGGCGCCCAACGUUCUGACGUUCGUGGGGUUUCUUAUGACUGUCGUCAACUUUAUCCUGAUAGCUUACUACGACUGGAGUUUUGAUGCCGCAAAUUCAGAGAAUGGCAACACUGUACCCGCUUGGGUGUGGACAGUGGCGGCCAUAAACAUACUCAUUUAUUAUAAUUUGGAUGGCAUGGAUGGCAAGCAGGCUCGAAGAACUGGAACGAGUGGACCUUUGGGAGAGCUAUUUGACCACGGAUUGGACUCUUAUUCAGCUGCACUGAUACCCAUUUACCUGUUCUCCCUUUUCGGCUCACACGAUUUGCCACCAAUUCGUAUGUUCUUCGUGAUCUGGAACGUCUUUCUGAACUUCUAUUUAACGCAUGUGGAGAAGUACAACACUGGAGUUAUGUUCUUGCCCUGGGGCUAUGACUUUACCAUGUGGGGAGUAAGUGGGAUGCUAUUUCUGGCAACAGUCUUUGGACCUGAGAUAUAUCGCUUCGACAUUUAUGGUUUUACAAUGGCCAACAUGUUUGAGUUUGUUCUUAUUGGUUCUGGAAUGGUCAGCAGUCAUCCGAUUAUCGCCAGAAAUAUCUACCUUUCCUAUAAAAACAAGACUGGAAAAAUGCGACCCAUGUGGGAGAUGCUGCGUCCAUUUUUCGCGUUCGUCUGGCUUUUUGUAAUCACUCUUAUCUGGUCGUUCUUCUCUCGAAAUAAUGUGAUUAAUCUGGAGCCACGAAUCCUAUGGAUACUCUAUGGCACGAUAUUCUCAAACAUUGCAUGCCGGUUAAUAGUAGCCCAAAUGUCGGACAUGCGAUGUGAUGCCUUCAAUGUGCUCAUGUGGCCACUGGCCGCCACCGUGGGAGUUUGCUGUUUUCCCUAUUACGAGAAGGUCUUUGACACAGAUCUCACGCCGGAUAUCGAACGAUGGAUACUCGAGGGUCUCACCAUUUUCUCAACAUUAGCCCACUGGCACUACGGCUACGGCGUGGUAUCGGAGAUGUGCGACCACUUCCAGAUUCGCUGCUUCAAAGUAAGAACAUCUAGCAGCCAAUCGGGCUCAGAUUCAACUCAAAAACUUCUACAGAACAAUAACAAAAUCAAAACGUUGAAAAGCCAUUGAAAUCGCCCACUAACCAAAAUCACAUCAAAAACGGGGACAACCAAUAUCAACCAUCUUGUGAUAUAAAGUAUAUAUAUAUAUAUAUAAACGGGUUCCAAAACAUUUAGCCCUGCCUAAUGUCUAGGUUCUAAGUGGUCCAUACUCAAAUCAAAAAACUAAACCGAUACUCGCCCCACGCGGUUUCUAAUGUGGUAAAGUCCAUACGAAGAUAUUAUGUAAUCAAAAUCCUAAUCAUAGGCUAAGAACCUAAUCGUACUUAACUGUAGGAUACGCCUAGCCUAAGUGCAUGAAGAGAGCUAUUGUCAAAGACAGAUAUAACCAGCAUGUUAAUGAUAAAUGGCAGCGCUAACUGCAUGAUCCGAUAAGUAUUAUGUGCCUGGAGACAGCUACUGAAUGAAGUUGCUCAACUAUGAUAAUGCAAAGUGUAUGUUCACUGUACCGCCCAUCGUAUUGUAAUUUUCUGUAGAUCACUAAACCGCCUGUUGCCGCUGAGGACGAGUUGAAGGAGGUUGUGGAAGACCCCAAGCCCUCGGAAGACGUCGAAGAAGUCUAGCACUGGCCUGUUCUUCUGCAAUUGUGUUGUGUUUAAACCUUAAAUCGUUACAUAGGUACAGUUAAGACAAAUCGAAAGUGUUUAGGCUUAAGUUCGAAAUUGAAACGAGAAUAUAAUUGUUAGUGCUAAAGAAAGUUCACUGAAUUAA